AUGUCAUAUCUUGCCCCCUUCCAAGAUCAAAGAGUUUCCAUAAUUACCACCGAUGGCCGGUUCUUCAUUGGGUUACUAAAGUUCUUUGAUUUGAGUACCAAUGUCGUACUCCAAGACACAAAAGAGAUAAUAAUUAAAGAUAUACAGGAUGAAGAAGACCAGACGCAGGUGAUUGAUUUGGGAGUGUAUUUAAUCAGGGGUGAUUGUAUGGUUUGUUGUGGAUUGAAUGAUGAGCAAUUGGAAAAUCAGAUAGAUUGGAUGACGGUUGAAGGUGAGCCGCUUAAAACUACAAAAAACAAAAUAUGA